GCUGCUGUCUCUCGGCCAUGGCCUGUCUGAUGGCUGCCUGGUCCGUCCACAACCCCACUGUCACCAACUCCAUCAUCAUGAACACCAACGGGCCCCCGGACCUUAUGUUGGAUCCCCGGACGGUAUGUGUUUGUAUGGAUGAGGUGGUCAACAAGCGGCCGGCGGGCAGCCAGCAGACGCCACUGCUGCAGGGACACCUGAAGAAGCUGGACAACAACCUGACGGAGGCCCAGAGGUUCUCCUCGUUACCUCGCAGACCAGCGGUCAACAUUGAGUUCAAAGACGUCUCCUUCGUGGUCACAGAGGGACCCUGGUGGAGGAAGAAAGGUUACAAAACUCUGCUCAAAGCCAUCUCUGGGAAAUUCACCAGCGGGGACCUGGUGGCUAUCAUGGGGCCCUCGGGAGCUGGAAAGUCCACGCUCAUGAAUAUCUUGGCCGGGUACAGGGAGACGGGGAUGAAGGGCGAGAUCCUGAUCAACGGGCAGCCCAGAGACCUGCGCUCUUUCCGGAAGGUUUCCUGUUACAUCAUGCAGGACGACAUGCUGCUGCCUCACCUCAGUGUCCAUGAGGCCAUGAUGGUAUCGGCCAGCCUGAAGCUGCAGGAGAAGGAGGAGGCGCGCAGAGACAUGGUCCAGGACAUUCUGAUGGCUCUGGGUCUGCUGGAAUGUGCUCAAACCAGGACGUCUCACCUGUCGGGGGGGCAGAGAAAGCGGCUGGCCAUCGCUCUGGAGCUUGUCAACAAUCCGCCGGUCAUGUUCUUCGAUGAACCCACGAGUGGCCUGGACAGCUCGUCAUGUUUCCAGGUGGUGUCUCUGCUCAAAGCUCUGGCUCGAGGAGGACGGACGGUUAUCUGCACCAUCCACCAGCCGAGCGCCAAACUGUUCGAGCUCUUCGACAAGCUGUACGUGCUGAGUCAGGGUCAGUGUAUCUACAGGGGACAGGUGUCCAGUCUGGUCCCGUACCUGAGAGACCUCGGGCUGAACUGCCCCACGUACCACAACCCCGCUGACUUCGUGAUGGAGGUGGCGUCCGGAGAGUAUGGGGACCAGAUGAUCAGGCUGGUGACAGCAGCUCAGGAGAGGAAGUCUCAGAAAGACCAUCAGCCCGAGCUCAAUGGAGACAGCACCCUCCACCCCUUCCUGUGGCAGCGCACCGAGGAGGAGAGCUCAUCGUCUGAAGGCUGUCACAGCUUCUCUGCUAGCUGCAUGACGCAGUUCUCCAUCCUGUUCAGGAGGACCUUUCUCAGCAUCCUCAGAGACUCGGUGCUGACUCACCUGAGGAUCUUGUCUCACAUUGGGAUCGGCGUUCUGAUUGGUCUGUUGUAUCUGGGCAUCGGGAACGAAGCCAAGAAGGUUCUGAGUAACUCAGGGUUCCUGUUCUUCUCCAUGCUGUUCCUCAUGUUCGCCGCUCUGAUGCCCACGGUGCUCACCUUUCCUCUGGAGAUGGGCGUCUUUCUGAGAGAACACCUCAACUACUGGUACAGCCUGAAAGCGUACUACCUGGCCAAAACCAUGGCUGAUGUCCCCUUCCAGGUAGUGUUCCCGGUGGUGUACUGCAGUAUCGUCUACUGGAUGACGGCUCAGCCUCCGGAUGCCGGCCGGUUCUUCCUUUUCCUGUCUCUGGGGAUUCUGACAUCUCUGGUGGCUCAGAGUCUGGGUCUGCUUAUCGGAGCCGCCUCCACCUCCCUGCAGGUGGCCACGUUUGUGGGCCCGGUCACGGCGAUCCCGGUUCUGCUGUUCUCCGGGUUCUUCGUCAGCUUCGAUACCAUCCCCUGGUACCUGCAGUGGAUGUCCUACAUCUCUUACGUCAGGUACGGGUUUGAGGGCGUCAUCCUGUCAAUCUACGGCCUGGGCCGUGAAGAUCUUCACUGCGAUGAAGAUGAGGUGUGUCACUUCCAGAAGUCUGAGGCCAUCCUCAAGGAGCUGGACAUGCUGGAUGCCAAACUCUACCUAGACUUCAUUGUCCUCGCCAUCUUCUUUUUCUCUCUGAGACUCAUUGCUUAUUUUGUCCUACGGUACAAAAUCAGCUCUGAGAGGUAGAGCGGGGCCGGGAGGAAGAGGAGGAGUUCCAGAGUAAAAGCCCUGACGCCGAAGAGCAGCUGUCCAGUUUGUUUCCACUUUGACUCUCUCUUAAAAAACACAUGAAGAAGAGAUGGCGUGUGAGGACGCCACAGGCCCACAGGGGUAGAUUUCAUGGUCUCAUGGAGGCGCAACGGGACCAGGAGCUGGUCUUCUGUAUCCUGGGAGUAUCACCAUGCCACAUCCUGACUACUUUUCAUAAUAAAAGCCUCUGCUAUCGCAGGAUGAUGACAUUUCUGCUUUUUAGUUUAUUGCUGAGGUCAAAGGUGAGAGCAGUACAGAGGGCCUGAUUCCCUGACUAAACGCUCGAAUUCUGUUCUUCACGUUUAAGCAUCCUGCGAGCCUCUGCAGAUCCACCGAAGGCAGUGACGCAGGAACGUUAAACAAAUUUCCCACGUGUGAGACUAAUAAAGUUUAUCUUAUCUUAUCUUAACGUUUCAGAUUUUGCAAAUCCUGGAAAACUGC